GUGAUCAAGUCCAGCUCAAAAACUUCUGCAAUGUCGAAACUUCUGCUUUUGCUGGCUGUCUGCUGCAUAUUAAUGGCCCAGGUCCUUGCUCAGGAUGCCUCGGGUCGCCAGUUUUGCGAUCGUUUAUUUGCCGACUGUCUUCGGGAGCAGUCCACUGUGGGAACUAAGGAUGAUACGGUGGAUCUAUUUAAUUCGUAUUGCGGACGACAUGAUCGAAACUGGAGGAAAAUAACCCGUUGCGAGCUGGUCAAAGCCUCAUGUAUAUUGACUAUGGUACGUUGCGAUAAUGUAUCGUGCAAAAAUGUGGCCGACAGCCUGCGGUCUUAAAACACUUCCAUAUUUUACUCUAUUGAGAUUCAAUAAAUGUGUUGUCAGCAGAAAAAACAAAAUGUUUGCAAUGAGAGCAAAUUAAGGCAUAUUAAUUUCUAUUUUUAUAGUAUUUGUGGGGGUUGGUUCGAUUUUUAGAAUAUAUCCACUAAUAUAUACCUAAGCAGUUGAAUCAAUUACAAUUGUAUACAUACUUUAAUAGU